UUCACCUUAAAAAAAUAAAAAAGAUGGCUCAUGGUUUCUUUGAAGUCACGGCCACACGCGUCUCUCGUUUCAUUUUAUUCCCCCCCACAUAACCUUCCAGCGCACGUUAGUCUUCACCACCACAGAUGAAUGAUGAAACUUCACCUUUAGUAGUACUGUCUUCUAAAUUCAAACUUGAAGUCUGUUAUCUGUAGGCUGAGUUUGAGUAUUUUUAUUGAAAUUUGAAUAAGAUGAUGGGCUCGGACAACCAGGGCUUCGAGGAAGCCCAUCUUUUCGCCUCACGAGAAGAAAUGGAAAAUCUCGUUCUCGACGACGACUCCACCACCACCACCAGUAAAUCUUAUUCGAGUUACCGUAGCGCCACGUCAUUAUCCCCGUCGAUCCUCGCGACUCCUGCCGACUCCGAUCCCUUGCUCUCACCUUCACCGUACCUUAACGCACGGGACCAUAACAACAACCACAAUCAUCACUCUUCUUACAUCGAGCCUCCGUCUUACGCUGAUGUCAUAUUUAGUCCCUUUGAUCAAAACAGCGGCAACGAAAACAACACUGGCAACCAGAUCAACGGCAUCGAAAGCACCAAUCAAUUCCCUGAGUCUCCUAUCUCACCUCCUAGUAGCUCCGAUUACCUCAGAAUCACCGUGUCAAAUCCGCAGAAGGAACAGGAAACGUCCAAUUCGCUGGUGCCUGGUGGUAACACUUAUGUGACCUAUUUAAUUACCACACGAACUAACAUACCUGAAUUCAACAGAUCUGAGUUCAGUGUUCGUAGACGGUUCCGUGAUAUUGUUACGUUAUCUGAUCGGUUAGCGGAGUCUUUUAGGGGGUUUUUUAUCCCUCCCAGGCCUGAUAAAAGUGUUGUGGAGUCUCAGGUGAUGCAAAAACAGGAAUUUGUUGAGCAAAGGCGAGUGGCAUUGGAGAAGUAUUUGAGGAGACUCGCAGCACAUCCUGUUAUCAGAAAGAGCGAUGAAUUUAAACUGUUUUUGCAGGUGCAGGGGAAAUUACCAUUGCCUACGAGUACAGAUGUGGCAUCAAGGAUGCUGGAUGGGGCGGUGAAGCUGCCAAAGCAAUUGUUUGGAGAGAGCACGGCUGUUGUGGCGCCUCAUGAGGUGAUCCAGCCUGCGAAAGGUGGAAGAGAUUUAUUGAGGUUGUUUAAGGAGUUGAAGCAGUCUGUUGCUAAUGAUUGGGGUGGGUCAAAGCCCCCUGUGGCUGAGGAAGAUAAAGAAUUUCUUGAGAAUAAAGAAAGGAUGAAUGAUCUUGAGCAACAACUCAGCAAUGCUUCUCAACAAGCUGAAGCUCUUGUAAAGGCUCAACAAGAUAUGGGAGAAACAAUGGGAGAACUAGGAUUGGCCUUCAUUAAACUAACCAAAUUUGAAACUGAGGAGGCAAUUUACAACUCACAAAGAGCACGGGCUGCUGACAUGAAGAAUGUUGCAACUGCUGCUGUUAAGGCAAGUAGGUUCUAUCGGGAAUUGAACGCACAGACUGUCAAGCAUUUGGAUACCCUCCAUGAAUAUCUUGGGCUUAUGUUAGCCGUCCACAGUGCAUUCUCAGACCGCUCAAGUGCCCUGUUGACAGUGCAGACUCUCUUAUCAGAAUUGUCCACAUUGCAGUUGAGAGCUGAGAAGCUUGAGGCUGCCUCAUCGAAAAUAUUUGGUGGUGACAAGUCACGUAUUCGCAAGAUAGAGGAGCUCAAAGAAACUAUAAGAGUUACUGAAGAUGCCAAAAGUGUUGCAAUUAACGAAUAUGAACGAAUCAAGGAGAAUAACAGGAAUGAACUUGAAAGGCUUGACCGAGAAAGGCGUACUGACUUCUUGAACAUGCUGAAGGGGUUUGUAGUUAAUCAGGUGGGGUACGCGGAGAAAAUUGGUAAUGUAUGGGCAAAGGUGGCGGAGGAGACAAGUGGAUACGGAGACGAUAGCACUUAAACAUGUGGCUGGCUGUACAUUCACAACUUCAGCUUUUUCUUUUUUUUUUUUUUUAAAUUUUUCCAGAGUUUGUAGUUGUCCACCAAUAGGAGAUGGCAAUACAUUGAUAAUAAUGAAGAAAAAUGGAGCAGUAUGUAAUUAUGAAGUUUCAUUUUGAAGUAGUAUCUGGGGAAAGUUUUUCAACGCCCGUUGGCCUUAGAAGCUUUGCAUUUGAUAUUGAAUAGUGGUUGUUACUCGUUUGGUAUUCGGGAUCCAAGUCUUGAGUUGCUGAUUUUGACAUGACAAUGAGAUCAUUUAAUGACAUUGAUUUUAUCCCAUUGCCAAA